GCAAAUCUAGGGGUCUGUUUAAUCUUCUAUAUCAAAUCAAAAAACCCAUUAAUGAUUUUCCAAUCUAGGGUUUAGAUUUUAUGUUUUUGCAGUUGUUAGUAAUGCUGUGUUUGGUAGGGGAGAGAAGAGAGAAGCCAAGAUGAAAUUUGGGGAGGCUUUUAUGGAGUAUCUCCAUGGAGAUCAAGAGAGAUUAUUGGAUAAGUGCUCUCACGUUGAGUACAAGAGGCUCAAGAAGGUUUUAAAAAGCUGCAGGACUUGCAGGGCAUUGAAGGAUUCCAAAGGAGAAGAAGAUGAUGAGAGCCGUACAUUGGCUCAGUUUUGCCAAUUUGAAUCUUGUCCAUUGUGCGAUCAGAAGUUCUUCUCUGAAUUGGUGAAGGAGGCUUCUGAUAUAGCUGGAUGCUUCCAUUCAAGGGUUAGGCAUCUUCUCCAUUUGCAUAUUGCAACUGGAGCACAAAGAUACUUGGUACGGUUGCGUCAAUGUUUCAUGAAUGAUCAGCUGGCGAUGGUACAAGAGGGUCAGAUGCUAAUUGAAUAUGUUACAAUGAAUGCUAUUGCAAUGCGGAAAAUCCUUAAGAAAUAUGAUAAAGUUCACGGCUCUGUGAAUGGCAGAAACUUUAAAUAUAAAAUGCGGGCUGAGCACCUAGAGAUUCUGCAGUCACCUUUGUUAAUUGAACUUGGGGCUUUCUAUAUGAAUUUUUUUGAAUCUAACAGUGGAAAGUCUGAUGGUUUUUCUCGUCCAUUCUCUUGUGAUCUUAGCACUACAGAACCAGUGGUGACUUUUAUGCUUCCAGAUUCCGUGAAGUUGGAGUAUCACCUGACAUGUGCUGUCUGCUUGGAAAUUGUUUUUAAUCCUUAUGCUUUGAGCUGCGGACAUCUUUUUUGCAAACUAUGUGCUUGCUCGGCGGCUUCUGUGAUGAGCUUUCAAGGUGUUAAGGCUGCAAGUCCAGAGUCGAAGUGUCCAGUUUGCAGGGAGGUCGGGGUAUAUGCUAAUGCAGUGCACAUGAUAGAAUUGAAUAUGCUUUUGAAGAAAAGGUGUAAAGAGUAUUGGAGGGAGAGGCAGCUCGCAGAUCGUGCUGAGAUGGUGAAGCAAACGAAGGAGUUUUGGGAUUUGCAAACCAAGUAUAUGAUUGGCUAUUGA